GGAUGUGGGGACAGGAAUGUGGGGAGUGGCUCAGGUAGCUCUGGGCAUAGGGACAAGGGAACUGGGAUGGAGGGACAGAAGGGGACAAGAACGGUGAGGAUGUGGCCAUGGGGAUGGGAUCAUGAGCUGGUGGUGGUGACCUGGGCCAGCAUGGGCUGUGUCCGUGCAGUCCUUGAGCUGGCGGUGUCCACCGUGUCCCCAUGUUGUGCCUCACCCCACGGUGGCCUCAGUGUCCCUGUUCCCAAGGUGUCUGUGCCACAGAGAUGUGGCACACGGGUGGCUGUGACACAGACAGGUCCCCCUGCCUUGCCAAAUCUUUUGGGGACCACCCAGACACACUUUCCCUCAAGAACUGCUGUCCCCAUGGGGACAGUUUGGAGACAGCCCCCACACCCUGUGCCACUGUGCUGCUGUCCCCACGGUGCCACCCCCACCCAGCCCUGUCCCUUUUCCCUUCCAGCACAGACCCUCGGCCUCGCUGGUGCCCAGACCACCCAGCUCCUCCUGGAGCCCCCCUGGAGGCCGGCGGUGCUGUGGGACAUGGUGACACUGACCUGCCAGGGCUUGGGGACUGCCGAUGACACCACCUGGUACAAGGACGGGCAGCGCUGGGGGCAGAAGGGAGGCGACCACUUCACUGUCACCGAGAGUGGCACCUACAUGUGUGAGACACCCGACACUGGUCUCAGCUCCCCAGUGACCGUCUCAAAUGAGCUGGUGGUGCUGCAGGUGCCAGCACGGGCACUGCUGGAGGGGGACACGGUGACACUGCGCUGCCGGAACAGGGAGAAUAAACAGCUCACGGACGUGUACUUCUACCGUGAAGAGGAGCAGCUGAAGGGUCCCCAUGAUGGGACCGAGCUGUCCCUGUCCCCCCUGCAGCUGGGGCACAGCGGCCGCUACCGCUGUGAGGCCUGGGUGUUGUCACAAUGGAGCAAGUCGGAGCUAGUGACAGUGACAGUGCACAGGGUCCCGCUCUCGGAUGUGUCCCUGUCAGCGCAGCCCCCUGGGGGACAGGUGGCACUUGGGGACAGCUUGGUGCUGAGCUGUGAGGCGGCCACGGGGAUAGGUUCCCUGUCCUUCUCCUGGCACCGGGAGGGCUUGGGGGCACUGCUGGGCACCGGCCCCCGCCUGGAGCUGCAGCACCUUGGGUACAAUGACAGCGGCCAGUACCGGUGUCGGGUCAGCAACGGGGACAGCGUGGCGGAGAGUGACCCCCUGAAUGUCACUGUCCUGGUGCCCGUGGCCAAUGCCACCAUCACCCUCAGUCCCCCGUCACACCAGGUGCACGCAGGUGACCCCGUGACCCUGCACUGCUCGGUGCAGGUGGGCUCAGCUCCUGUCACCUUCACCUGGCUGUGGAACGGGCAGGAGGUGGCCCAGGGUCCCCUCCUGGAGCUCAGGGACAUCGAUGUGGGACAUUCGGGCACCUACCAGUGCGUGGCCACCAACCAGCUGGGACAGGACGGGCACCGCGUGUUCCGGGCACUCAGCCCUGAGCUGGUCCUGGCUGUGACACUGCAGGGGAACUGCAACAAAGUGGCUGCAGGGGUCGGUGGGGCCCUUUUGUUCCUGUUCCUUGUCAUGGGUGUCAUUGUGGCCUGGCACCGGUGGCACCACCUGGCUGCCAGGAAGAACCAGGAAAGGGUCCCCCCGGAUCCCCAGGACCCCCCAGAGGAGGGGCAGGUGCUAUACACCCACGUCGUGGUCACCAAGAGGGCAGGGGGCCAUGUCUCUCGCAGUGUCCCCCCGUGCCACCACCCUCCAGGAUCCCCAGGUGACCUACGCCGAGCUGAGGGGACACCAGGGGCGACCACGGGAACCUGGUGACAUCUACGGGAAUGUGCUGUGACACUGGGGGGAACUGGGGGCACUGGGGGUCCACACCCACGGGCACCAACACGUGUCUGUGCUGCAACCAAAAACUUUACCUCUCCCUCCCUGUGGUGGCACAAAGAUCCCAAAGGGCUGAGAGAAGAACAAUUUCCUGAAACAGCAACAAGAGAGAAUAAAACCAACAGCAACAGCAACAA